AUGGAGCGGCAAAAGAAAAGGGAACUUCGCGAUCUAAACGAGAAGGCGUGGGCUGGUGAGAUCGGCGUAUUCCCUGUUAGCAAGUCGCUCGACUCCGCCCUCAAGAAGAACACCGCAUUUAUCAAGCGUCUUCGCACUGGGAUUAGCGCUUCCUCACUUUCUACCUUCCUAUCCGACAUCCGCACCUUAUCCCUCCACAAAUACCUCUCCGAGAUCAUCACCGCCUGUUACGAAGGUCUAUGCAAGCUCAAGUCGCCCGGAGAGAUUGCGGUCGGCGUUGAGAUCGUAUGCGCUCUACAUCAACGGUUUGGACCAGAUGAAUUCACUCGGCAGAUCGGAUGGCUGCUCGGUCGUGGUUUGAGUUCCCCAGAUAAGGCCGCCCUGAAGACUCUCCCCCAGGAGUAUCGCGAACGGGAGGAGAAAGAGCGCCUAUCACGACACCGUGUUCUUCUACGUGUGGUUACAGAGCUAUGGCUUGUUUCCGUUCUCAAAACCUUGGAUGAUGUUGAGCGCCCCGAAGAGCUAGGCGCAAAGGGCAAAGAUGGAAUCGGAGGCAAACAGUUGGAUACCCCGCUGAAACCCAAGGUCCCAGCUGCGAGAGAUCAUGAUAAGCAGGCAGAGCCAUUCCCUCUGGAAGUGCUGAAAGAACUCUUGGGCCAUGACCGUGACCACGCCAAUCUGCCGCUUGCUGUUCUCUUUGUAAAGAGCUUCACCUGGGAUAUUCUGGGCGCCAAGCUUGCAGACGAAGGUCGGAAGAAUGUGGAGGUUGACGGUGCUACAACAGUUGCCAGUUCUAAACAAGAGGCAACGGAGGAUGACAGUGAAGCUGUUUCUGAGUCCGACCCACCGCUGAUCUCGGAGAAAGUCCAGCAACGCUUCAAAAAUAUUUUAAACCGUUAUCUGGAUGACGUCAAGGCGCAUGUUGUGCGCGACCAGAAAGCGCUGGCCUCGCAAAGUCGCCGAAACGCUGAGGCUUAUGUCAAGAGCGGUGAGAUCUUUGAGGACCGUCAGUCCAACUUUGAGAAGCAGUCGAAAUCCCUGGAGAAGCUUGUUGCCAAUACACAAGUGUUGUGUGAAGCCCUCGGGGCUGAGAUGCCUGAUCUCGCCGAGAAGGAGACGAACGAUUCUGCAAACAGUGGUGGUAUUGGUCUUGUCAAGACCACCGAUUAUCUUCGCGGACAGGGCGAUGGCGCAGGUAUUUGGGAAGACGAAGAAGAGCGACGCUUUCACGAAAACUUGGUCGACCUGAAAGGAAAGGUUCCUGCAGUUCUCCUUGAGGACGGAAAGAAGAAAAAAAGUGAUACCGAGGAAAGUGGCAAGAAAAAGGAUGCAGAUAAUCUGACUGAGCCUGUUACAGAGAAGCGUGGAACUUCCGAUGAUAAAGCCGCGGCCGACCUUGAGGAUCAAUCAAUGGCCAUCGCAAGCAAAACAGUCGGCGCCCAAGUUGACUCCCUUCUUAGCAAGCUUCCCGAGUUACAGACCAAGGACCAGGUCGACCAAUUUGCUUUAGAUUUCUGCUUUGUCAAUUCGAAGGCCUCCCGGAACAGACUUGUCAAGGCCGUAUCAGAUAUCCCGAAAGGCCGUGUCGAUCUCUUGCCCUUGUACUCCCGUUUGGUUGCUACGCUAGGCCAAUAUCUUCCCGACGUCCCACAAGGAUUGACGACCUAUCUGGAUGAAGAGUUUCGAAGCUUGCAACGUCGAAAGUCCAAGGAGUUUUUGGGUCAAGUGCGCAUGGGUAAUGUUCGAUAUAUCGCCGAACUGACCAAGUUUGGCGUUGUACCGGAGCAUAUCAUCUUCCACUGCUUCAAGGUUUCGCUCGAUGACUUUUCACGAAUGAACAUUGAGAUCAUUGGCAAUCUUUUGGAGAACUGUGGUCGGUAUCUUCUGCGCAAUCCUGAUACUGCGCCUCGGAUGGCCUCUUUCCUGGAAACUUUGAGUCGAAAGAAGACCGUUCAGCAUUUGGCUCAGAAUGAACGCAUGGUGAUUGAAAAUGCUAUCUACUACGUUGAUCCGCCGCCGCGACCAGCUAUUCAGCAGAAGGAGCGUACGCCGAUGGAACAGUACAUUCGCCGCCUGAUCUACCUGGACAUGAAUAAGCGCAACUACGCCAAAAUCCUCAAAACCAUUCGCAAACUUCAUUGGGAGGAGCAGGAGAUUGUCGAUAUUCUGGAGCGCGUUUUCAGCAAGCCCGUCAAGGUGAAAUAUGGUAGCAUUCAUCUUCUAGCAAUUCUUGUCAGCGCUUUGUACCGAUACCACCAAGAAUUUGUGAUCGGUGUUGUCGACAAUGUUCUAGAACAGAUUACUCUUGGUCUAGAGCAGAACGACUUCAAGUUUAACCAGAAACGGAUCGCCGAGGUCAAGUAUUUGGGUGAGCUUUACAACUACAAGAUGAUCGAUUCCCCCGUUAUCUUUGAUACACUGUACCGCAUCAUGACCUUUGGUCAUGAGGGCGAUGAUUAUUUCCGAGUUCGUCUUGCUUGCACGCUGCUUGAUACCUGUGGUCACUGCUUCGAUCGGGGAUCUGCAAAGAAAAAGCUCGAUUUCUUCUUGAGUUUCUUCCAGUACUACCUCUCUACCAAGGAUCCCUUCCCCAUGGAUGUCGAUUUCUUGGUCCAGGAUAGCUACUCUUCCCUUAGACCUCAAUGGAAGCUGACCACCGAUCCCGAGGAAGCGACUCGUAUUUUCAGUGAGGCUGUCGCUCAAAACUACAAUGUGCAGGACUCUGAAAGACCUAUCGAGCCCGAUGAUGACUAUGCUGACAGCAGUUCCUCUGAGAUGGGUCUUGAAGAGGAUGCGAUGCCCGAUAUUGAGGACGAGCAGGAAUCUAGCGAUGAAGCCGAGGUGGGACAUUCAAAAUCCAGCACCCAAAAAGCAAAUAUUGACACCCGACAGACAUCCGGACCUAAUCCAGAGAUGAACGAUGAGUCCGAUUUCGAAGACGAGCAGAUUGUUGUUACACGCCAGGAAGAGGAACGGGACCCCGAAGUGGAGGCUGAGUUUGACCGGGAGUUUGAGAAGAUGAUGGCCGAGAGCAUGGAUUCCCGACGAUUCGAGCGCAAGGCGAUCUUCGAUAUCCCCCUGCCUAUGAGUAUGAAACGCACUCGAGAGGCAGCUAAUGAAAGCUCUUCUGAGUCCACUCCAGCGGAACCCGUGGUGGCUACGACGAAGACCAUGCCUUUCUCGUUGAUGACGAAGAAGGGCAAUAAGCAACAGACUCGUACCAUCGACCUUCCCUCGGACUCAAGCUUUGCUAUUGCCAUGCGUACUCAGCAGCAAGCAGACCGUGAGGAACAGCAACGCAUCAAGAACCUUGUUCUGAACUAUGAGGCGGCGAAUGAACCCGAGCCUACAGAGACCUUCGAGAAGCGCAUUCCUGCCAGCCAACGGCUAGAAAAGCCAAGUGCUGCUAAUCGGUCUGCCUUCCGAUCACGCAAGCUUCAACUAAGUGAUGUGAAUUGGUAA